ACAUCCCUCUUCUGUGCCUCAGUUCUCUGCUUUCAGCAUAAUUUUUUUGUGGUUUGUGUCGCAGAGUGUAGGGGAGGGUAACACACCAGCAGGUCUCCAUAUUGUUCACCCUGCUUCAGCCAUGACCAAGAAGGACUGUCCUGCUGGCAGCUAUUUGGACCACCUCGUCGGCGACUGUAUAUUCAGCAAAACGAAAACCACACCUGAACCUCAACCAAAAACAGAACCACCAUUGGCAGUUGUAGUCCAGCUGAAAGCCACGGCCCCCACCCAGGCCAAUUUAGUGAUGGUGCUGAGUCCGGCUCUGUGGGUCUUUGUGGUGCUGGCCAUACUGGGGUCCAUCUUGGCUCUGACUGUCUGGUUCAUCAUAUACAGUCGACAGACCAGCUACAGCAGCACCUCACAGGACAUAGAGCUGCAACAGGAUCCUCUUCAGAAAACAGAGCCACCUUCCAAAAUCUACCCACCGCCUUCAGAAAGAAACGGUCAUGCAGAGCUGUUGCAGCAAGCCGCAGGGGCCCCUUCCCCCUGCCCUCACCUGCACCUGGGGGUCCAAACAGGCUUUAAGUGGGAGGAGGGCUUCACUGCUUGCAGGGACCAUGCAAAGCAUGCUGUGACAGAGGCGGCCGGAGGUCUGUCUGCAUGCAGAACAAUGAGGGAACACAGGGUCCCACUUCCUGCCACAGAGCUUGGUGGCACUGCGUUAGUUACAACUAAAACUAUGUAGGGGGGUGGGUGUGUGUAUGUGUGUGUGUGUGUGUGUGUGUGUGUGUGUGUGUGUUAAAAAGCUUUUCUUAAUUGCAUGUACUUGGCACAUUGUGCUCAGUGUGGUGAGUUUUUUCAUAAUGCAAAUUUUGAAUAUCUCUCUUUUCUACCAUGUUUUUAUGGUUUUUAAAUAUUUGAAUUUUCUACAGCUGCUGUUAUUUUUUCUCUGCACUGUUUGAAAAAUGCAAGUGUUAUGGGGUAGAUUGAUGUCCAAUCAUACAAUGUAAGACUGUGUAUGUUUUAGUGUACUUUACUCCAAAGUGUUGUGAAGAGAUGAAACAAAGAAACUGCUCUGAAUCUUAUGCUAUUUGUCAAACAUUUAAUAAAACACAAAACCAAAAUCA